CUACAUAUUGAUAUUUUACCAUCGCGGCAAUCUUUCUGACAAAUAGCAUAUACAAUGGAGUACACUCGAAAGUGGCUGUACGCCAUUUGUGCGUUAUUAUUAUUGGCGUUGUUGGCAAAGGGAGCCGAAGAACAAAGUCAAGGGUCUGACGAUGACACACAACUUGCAAAAGCCACCUUCAAAUGCCCUUUGCCCUUCGGCACCUACUCGGAUCCCACCGACUGUUCGUACUAUUACAUAUGUGUGGCUGGCUAUUCCAGCAGGAAGAAGUGUGGAUUUUUGAGGAGAUUCGACGUUCUCCGGAGAGUUUGCUUGCCGAUACCAAUAGCCAUUUGUUGGGGUCAAGAAAAGACAACUGGAGCACCUUCCAAAUCAAGUACGAUGACACCAACAACUAAAGACGAUAAGUUUAACUGUCCCACCAUAAUUGGUUCGUUCCCACAUCCGACUGAAUGCAAUAAAUACUACCGGUGUACUGUUUUCAUGCCGAGCCUCAAAACAUGCCCGGAUUCGGAACUGUUCGACGCUGCGAAGAAGAAGUGUUUGCCAGCGAAGGAUGUCAACUGUGGGAACAGGCACAGACCCGGAGGUUCAACAACCGACAUUAAGCCAACCAGACCCAUCACCGAGCCAACCACAACAACAGAGGUCACCGAAGCAGUGACCACCAGAACACCCACGACGACCCAAACAGAGGAAGUCACUACUCCAGAACCGACGACAGUGCAAGUGACCACCGAAGAGGCGACGACCACAGAGGAGCCAACCACGAUCAAAAUAACGACCACCCCGAAGCCAACAGGACCUCCAGAGACAGACUGCGACGAAGACGACGUCGACUGCAUCGUCAAGGAGACUGGCGAUCCAGACAAGUGGUUCACGUGUCCCGAAGACAUCGGAUAUCACGUCCACCCCAGCAGCGACAGACUGUUCAUUUUCUGUCUGAACUGGAUCCCGUCCGUCAAAAGAUGCGGCCAGGAUUUGAUAUUUUCUAAGGAACUUCUCGCCUGCGUGAAUCCAGAUUACGAAUUUCAGGACGUUUCAUGCUUCUUAGUAGAGAGCAAGGCAACGGGCAUCCAGUUUCUUAGCAAAUUUGAUGACGAAAAUGUGGAGUUGGAAAUCGCACCUAUAAACGCAGAUGCAGAUGAGUUCAUUGCAGUGCGUGGUGACCGGGACAAUUUCAAAUGUCCUAACGAAUACGGAGCUUUUCCGGAUCCUAAAGACUGCUCCAGUUAUUACGUUUGCAAAAACGGGAGGAGUAGUCAUAAGAAGUGUCAACGGAACAUGCUGUUCGACGUGCAUAGGAGGACGUGCCUGCCAAGGUGGUUGGCAGUCUGCGGGGACGGAAAAGAAAGUCACAGCACAAGAAAUCCCCGUUCGACAACUAGAUUUGGAAGUACUCCUCGUGAUAACGAUGGAGACUUUAAAUGCAACAGCUUGUAUGGAUCGUACCCACAUCCCACAAAAUGCGAAAAGUACUACACUUGUGUCAUCUAUAUGGCAACUCUGCAGACUUGCCCGAAAAAUCAGUUGUUUGAUGUAGCGAAAAAGAAAUGCAUGAGCGAAGAUAAAGUGAAUUGCGGAAACAGAGAAAGACCCUUUGUUUCGAAAACAACUCGAAUUAUGCCCUCUACUACUCCAGAACAAGAAACUACAUUUGAGGAGACAGAGUCGACCGAGCCUGACUUUGAAACGACAACAGAAAUCGAAACGGAAGAACCGACAACGACAGAAAUCGAAACAGAAGAGCCGACAACGACAGAAAUCGAAAAAGAAGAGCCCACAACCACAGAACUUGAAACAGAAGAGCCCACAACGACAGAAAUCGAAACUGAAGUGCCCACAACGACAGAAAUCGAAACAGAAGAGCCGACAACGACAGAAAUCGAAACGGAAGAACCCACAACAAUAGAAACUACGACAACAAAACCAACAGGUCCACCAGAGACCGACUGCAACGAAGACGACGUAGACUGCAUAGUCAGAGAGACUGGCGAUCCAGACAACUGGUUCACGUGUCCAGAGGAUAUGGGAGCCUAUGAGCAUCCAAGCAGCAACAGGUUGUUCAUUUUCUGCCUCAACUGGAAACCUUCAGUUAAGCGAUGUGGUCAAGAUCUUAUAUUCUCCACGAAACUUGCAACAUGUGUUCAACCCGAGACCGAUGAUGACUCGGAGUGAAGAAAAGAAAAAUCCAUUAAUUCUCAAAACCAUUCAACUAAGUAUGAUCAUUACCACAACAUCAUCUUGUUUAUUGUACAGGGUACUUACUUCUUUCAAAAACAGAUACUUAAUACUUGUUUUGUAAAUAUAACUUUUGUCCUCAAGUAAUUAAAAUAAAAUAAA